AUGGCCCGAACACGUAAAGCAUCAGGCAGGAAAGCUGAAGAUAUUAUACCCCGGACUGAAGACAUAAAAGAAUCAUCUACACCUAAUGCUGACAACAUACGGCAACUUCCGCACGAGGUUAUUCAUAUAACAGAACAGGAUAUCUUAGCAUCAAACAAUUCUAAAGAUUUGAUGAAUUUCAUUAACACAUUAACUAAUACUAGUCAAGAUGAAAUCUUUAAGAAAUUUAAGCAAACCACUAGCUUGCAGCUAAAACAAGACUCACAGCUAAUCAAGCAGCUUCAGAAUGAACUUCACGAAAAACAAAUGCAUGUUGAUAGCUUAACCAAAGAAAUUGCAACUCUCAAAUCCCAAUCUGGCGUUUCUCCGGAGUCUCUGAAUACUUUCGAAUCUCCAAUUAGAGGAAAAAACACGAAAAGCAACCUCAUUAAUGAGAAUCAGCUAUCCAAAGAGCUAGAGAAUAUUGGCAUUACACUUGAUAUGUUGGAAUUGCUAACUGGGUUAAGAAUCAUGAACUAUCAAGAAGACGAGAGUCGAUUUUUCUUCGAUGUAAAGCAGAAUUCUACAAAUGAUAGCCAAGUGUUCAUCGAAUAUCGACUUAUAAUAUCUAAAAAUUUUGGAGCCUCCGCGGAAAUCAAUUAUAUACCAACGUUUCUUGAAAUAGAGGAAACAGAUUAUUAUGGUGACGAUUAUGAGGAGAAAAAUGAUAAUUGUAAAAUAUUAAGAAAAGUUUUACCAGAUUAUCUUUGUGAUAAUUUAUCUUUUCCAUACAACACGUUGUCCCAAUUUUACACUAAAAUAAAUAGAGCACUCAACAAGACAAAAUAG